CGAUCCAGCGUUCAGUAUCGUUCAGUACGCCGGGGCCGCCGGCACGAGCGCGCGUGUGAUGCGCCGCUGACAUGGCCGGCACUCGGCCACUCGUGGCCGUCUGGUUCUGCUGGUGGUGGCUGAGGCACGCGGCCGCCACCGAGCUAGACCUGUUGGCCGCGCUGUCUCUACAGAACACAUCACGGCCUGGAGUCACUGUCGUGCCUGGCAUGCAACCACAGAGAGCUGCAUACACCUUGCAAGGAGAUACACGGUCGUUACAAGUAGAAGGGGCACCAUUCGAGCGAGCAGCUGAACUCCUGCGACGUUCACCAGAGUUCACUUUACUUGCUGCUCUGCGACAAGACCCAGCCAACUCUGGCACUAUUUUAUCGUUCUCUCACGGCUUUAACAGGUACCUGGAGGUGCAGUCCAGCGGACGGAGGGACGAGGUGCGCCUGCACUACGUGGCGGCAGGAGGCACCGCGCCACGCAUCGAGACCUUCCCAUUCCGGUUGGCGGAUGGCGCCUGGCACCGGCUGGCGUUAGCGGUGUCCGGCGCGCAGGCAACGCUCUUCGUGGACUGCCAUCCGCUCUACCGCCGCCUCAUCCCGCCGCCCGAUAGGAAUUUCACACAGCCCCAACUCGCUCUCUGGGUCGGGCAAAGAAAUAGCAAACAUUCCUUGUUUAAGGGAACAUUACAAGACGUGAGGUUGGUAUCUGGGCCUCAUGGAUACCUAGUUCAAUGUCCAGGUUUAGAUUCUGAAUGUCCUACCUGUGGUCAGUUCGCUUUGCUACAGGCUACAGUUCAAGAGUUAACUUCACAUAUUCAUGAUCUUUCACUCAAGUUGGUGGGCACAGAAGCCCGACUGGCGCGGUUGGAGCAGUGUGACUGCCAGAAGUCAUGCUACUCCAACGGCACAGUACACGCAGAUGGCGCCACUUGGCAGAAGGACUGUAAUCGCUGCUCAUGCGUGCACGGGGAGAUAACCUGCAGGCCGGUGGAGUGCGAUAGGGCGGAAUGUAAGAACCCGGUACUUCAUCCGGGCGAAUGCUGUCCUACUUGCUUAAGGCAAUGCCUCCUAAAAGGCACAUUAUAUGAGCACGGCGAACGUUUCGCGCCAAAGGAAUGCGCGGAAUGCGUAUGCCACGAUGGCAACAUGCAGUGUACGAGGGUGGAUCCGGACACCGCCUGUCCGACCUUACCUUGCGACCCACCUGAUCAGUUCACCGUGCCUGGCGAAUGCUGCAAGUUUUGUCCAGGCGUGGACUACUGCAGCAUGGGUCACUCGUGUGACGAGAACGCGACGUGUAUGAAUCUCAAUACUAAAUAUACUUGCAAAUGUAAUCAAGGCUUUCAAGGAGACGGACUUUCUUGUGAAGACGUGGAUGAAUGUCAACAAGCGGGCGGUUUGUACGGUCACCACUGCCACUCGAACACACGGUGCGUUAACGUGGUAGGCGGGUACGUAUGCCAAUGUCUGCCUGGGUAUACGCGACGCGACAAAUUCAACUGCGUAGAAGUCGACGAGUGCGCGAGCGAGACGCACUCUUGCCACACAGACGCAGUGUGUGCGAACACGCCAGGUUCCUAUUCUUGUCAAUGCAGAGAGGGAUAUAGUGGCGAUGGAUAUAUUUGUACCCCAAUAUGCACGGGUGGAUGUCUUAAUGGCGGCGUGUGCGCGGGUCCGGAGCGAUGCGUGUGUGCGCGUGGCUUUGGCGGGUCCCGGUGUGAGCGUGACGUGGACGAGUGCGCUCCCCCCGCGCACCCGUCAGCGAACGCGCCCUGUGUACCGCGCGCUGUGUGCGUCAACACGCCGGGUUCCUAUUACUGCGUGUGCCGGGACGGCUAUCGCCGCGACCCACAUAGAGAUCAUUGUGAAGAUGUAGAUGAAUGUUCGGAAGGAUUCCACACUUGUCACCCGAGUGCGCGUUGUGUCAACGUGGAGGGUAGCUUCCGUUGUGAAUGUGAUACACAACCCUGUGAACUUAGUUGUUCGUGGCAAGGCAAUAUAAUCCCGGACGGGACUCGGUGGGCGGAAGCGGGCGGAUGCCGUACGUGCUCGUGCGUGGGCGGAGUCGCUUCGUGCACGCGCGCACUCUGCGCCUGUGAUACAGACAAUACCUCACUGCCGAUGAACAGCGAGAGCCUAGCUCCGUCGUCGUGUUGCCCGCACUGCGAGGCGCGGUUCCACUGUCGCCAUCAGGAGAUGCAUCACGUCACUUUCCGAAGCGGCGAGCGCUGGCUCUACCAGUGCCAGAUCUGCGAAUGCCUCCUGGGCGAGGUGGACUGUUGGGAGCCUCAGUGCUCGGAGGGGGGCGGGUGUUGCGGGGCGCGGGGGGAGUGGCGGGCCUCGACGCAUCUCGAGCUGCCCGGCUGCGCACCGCACUGCGCGUGCACGGCCUACCGCAGACAUAGCCCGUAGAAAAGAGCGUGUCUGCGGUGCGCCUUCGCGUGGCGUCGGCACAGAUGUCGCAUGAGGGUGUUCGUGUGCAGAGCGCGUCGCUCGCUGACGGCGGCGUUGGCCCUCGCGGCGCUGUGGCUUGGCCGCGCGCCUCGGCCGCACCGCAAGCAUCGCGGCGCGCGGCGCUAGAGCCGCCCUGACCACCACGCACACCUUAUUUAUUCUAGAUAGAUCUAAUGUUAACCAAUUGCCGCGCUCUCGGCCUCGACUCGGCGACCGCGCGCCCGCCGCGCCGUCCGAUCGCAUCGAACGUUUCAUCCUCGUAGCAAUAUUGUAGUUAUCCUAGAUCCGAUAUUAGAAGCUCCCGCCUUUCGUUGCGAAGGGGCGGCCGGCGCCUCGGCCCGUCGCGCGCGCAUAUGCGUGGCGGCCGAGAGGGACGAACGUCGCGACGGCCCGACGCCGCAGACCGCGUUCGCCUCCGCGCGUUCCUUCCCGCGUCUGUAAUCUUUGAAUUCUAAAUUAUCGAGUGCGAUCGCUUAUAUUCUACUAUUAUUAAUUAGACUUGUACCGGUACUGUUUAGCUGUUGAAACGGAACGCGCGGGGGCGCGGGGCGGCGGGCGCGAGGCCUAACGUAUCUCGAUGUGUAUAAAGUUUGUAAAUAAGAUAUCGCACAGAUCCCGCCGUCGCUCGUGCUACCGUUGCCCAUGUUGUAAGAAAUAUUUCGUAAUAUAUUAUUAUAGUUUAUGUUUGUCUUUGUAUAAAGAUGGUCGUUUUCAUGGAUAAUUUUAAAUAAACCAAAAAUAGGUACCAAAUAUAGAAAAGAUAUGAUUGUUUCUUAAUUUCAUAAGGCAUUCUGAUGCUUGCAUGUUGUAUUGUGUUCAAAAAAUUACAAUUAAAAGAUA